AUGUGUGGGCGUGGGGCGCUCACCUUGUCCGGAGAUCGCUGCCGGAGAAUAGCCGGUGGUGACGGCCGAAAAACGAAAACACGCGGCUGCGAACGUCUCCGUACAAAGUACAACCUCGGUCCCAUGAACUACGUUCCCGUCGUUCGCACAGUGGAAGAGAGCGCUGAAGCGCUGAGCCGAGAGGUUUGCGCCAUGCGCUGGGGCUUGGUCCCCUCAUUUGCCAAGCGGGCAGAGGACUUCGACGCUUUCAAGGGUGGCAGCAGCACCUUCAAUGCCCGUGUGGAAGGUGCAGAGAGCAGUAACCUGUGGCGUCGCCUACUCGAUAGACGGCGCUGUGUUGUCCUUUUCGACGGCUUCUACGAAUGGAAGGCAAACGGGAAGUCAAAAACACCCAUGUUCAUCCGAAACAGAGAUGAGUAUGACGGCCACACCAUACCAUGGUCUACCAAAACGGACGAGGAGCCCACGAAGAUGGAAGAGUCUGCAGAUGAAAGCAAGAUUGACGGACCGGAGCACGCUCCUUUGUUUCUUGCGGGCCUCUACGAUGUGUGGCACCAGAAGGAUGGCCUAGGGAUAUCUAGGGCCUUGGUCUUGCUCUGGAUUGGUUUGCGAAAAGUCUUGACUUGGACAUGA